UCCCAUAUCCGGCCGGAAAAGCUAAACACACAAGGAAAUGGCUGGUGGCGCGUUGAAGAAGCUCACAAAAUCUCUUUCUCUGAAGCUAUCUAUUGAAAAUUCUGCACGUGAACUCAACACAAGGCUUGCAUCCAACCUAAAACCAAUUGGCCCGGUAUCAACUUCAGAUCUUGUCAGACUCAAGACAAGGCUUGCAUCUAAUCUAAAAUCAAUUGACAAUAGCGCCGCCGACAAUGCCUCCCGCCGUCCCUCCGGCCCCUCCAAUGAGGUUAACUCCCGCAUCUGCGAAUCCGCUACCCUUCGGCCUUCGGCACCCUUCCUUCCAGCAUCAGCUCCGAACCCUCCAAGCUUGAAAGCUAGAAGAGGAAGGGCUAUCUUCACAUCUGAGUGUUCCCAUCAUUUUCACUUCAAUUGCAUUGUAUCUAAUGUGAGGCAUGGUAACCGUAUUUGCCCCAUUUGCCGUUCUGAAUGGAAAGAUAUACCUUUUGAAGCUCCUAGAACUAAAAGUGCUAUUAGUGAGUCUCGAAGUGACAGCUCGGGUGAUGCUCGGGUUAUUGUUGAAGAUACCUACGGUCCACUCCUCCAUGUCAUGUCACAGUUAUCCCUACCACGGUUGGAGUCUGAAUUGUUCCAUGAUGAUGAGCCACUACCACCCAUCCAUUCCAGUCACUUGUCAUCUACUCAACCCAAAGCCAUAACCAUCAAGGCAUUUCCAGAGUUUCAAGCUCUUUCUGCUUCAAGUGCCGUUUCCAAAUUUGCUGUUCUUGUUGGCAUCCAUGCACACCCAUUUGAUGUUGGUACUCACCAUUUUGAUCGUGCACCCAUUGACGUCGUUGCUGUCCUUGAUGUAAGUGGUAGUAGUAUGGCUAACAAGUUUACCCUUCUAAAGCGUGCUGUUUGCUUUCUUAUACAAUGUUUGGGCCCUUUAGAUCGGUUAUCUAUAGUUGUUUUCUCAUCAUUGGCUCAAAGAAUAUUGCCACUUCGAAGAAUGACUUAUAGGGGUCGUGAUGAUGCUACUCGUGCCAUCAAUUCUCUUUCUUCCUUAAGUGGUGGGAAAAACAUAGUGGAAGGCCUCAGUGAAGGGAUUAAGAUUCUUGAAGAAAGAUGUGAGCAGAACCCUGUUGCACGUAUUAUUCUCAUGUCUGAUGGUCAUGAGACAAACAAUGAUGGUAGGCAUGCUUUGGAAUAUCUAAACCAUUUCCCUAACUUCAAUCGUCCAGGAAAUCAUAGUGAAUCUGAAGAGGGGUCCCAAAAUCUAACAAUCCCUGUCCACUCAUUCGGGUUUGGUUUGGAAAAUGAUUUGAGUGUAAUGCAUACCAUUUCAGAUGCAUCGGGAGGCAUAUUUUCUUUCAUUGAGUCUAUUGACACUAUACAAGAUGCAUUUGGUAGAUGCAUUGGAGGCCUUUUUAAUGUUGUUCUUCAGGAUGUCCAAUUGACAAUUUCAUCAAUCUCAGCUGGAAUACAAAUUGAUUCAAUAUCCUCUGGGAGAUACAGGGGCACAAUUCUUAAUCAAGGGCGGCAAGCUAGACUUGAUGUUGGACGUUUAUAUGCAUAUGAGAAGAAAGAAUUCUUAGUGUACCUAUCAAUCCCUGCAUUACCACACGACAAAGACAGGGGAUUGUUGGAUGUCUUGUGCACAUACAGGGAUUCAGUAAAAAAGAUGUUUCAGGCAAUGGGUGAAAGAGUUGUGAUACGACGCCCUGAGGUUUUGUAUCCAAAGGAUAAGGUAAUAUGCUUUGAGGUAGAUCGUGAGAGGAAUCAUGCUGGGGUGGCAGAGGCCAUUGCUAAUGCACGACAAAUGGCUAAACUUGGAGCUCUAGAACAAGCACAGGCUGUGUUAGUAGAGCAAAGGUCAGCUCUUUUAUCUUCAGUGUCAGGCCAAGUAGGAGAUAGUCUAUGCAACUUGCUUGAAGAUGAGCUAAAAGAAAUUAGAAGGAAAAUGGUAAAUACAGAGAUGCAUGAACUGACCAGACGAGCACACACUCUCUAAGGUUGAGCUGUUGCUCAUGGCAGAGGGCUACUACUAGAAGUCCUUCAACAACCAUCAUGACCGAAGAAGAUGGCAAUUUAACCCUUGAAAGGACCACUAGCUAUGAAACCCCCUCCAUGGUUAACAUGAUAUCAAGAUCACAAGUUCACAAAUCACAAUCAUGCAGCUUAAAGCACAGCAAGAUCGGCGACUUAAUUAGCAAGUCAAGCAACAGCUUGAUUCAACAAUGAACAUAAGAUGUUAAU